CAAAAAGUCGAGCAAGCAAAAACGAAAAACAAUUUUCGACGAAUUUAUUUUUGUACUUUUUGAACGUAUCCGUUUAAAAAAAAGCAAUUUCUGUUACCUGUAGGAGUUUUCGGAUGUUGGUGUAGAAUUAAAAGGUAUUUAAAAACGUUGAAAUGUGUUAAAAAUUUGAAAAAUUUUUCGCGAGCAUCAACUCAAAUUCAAGAUGGCGGACACAUCGACCAAUGGAGAGCCAUGUGUGCUAAAUCACUUUAUUGAGGAUUUUAUUAUCCAAGAAAGUAGCUGGCCAUUUACCGUGAGUAUUGAAUAGUGUAAUUCUACUUUAAAUUUUGUAUCCUAUAUAUCUCUAUAUUGCAAAAAUUGCGUUGCAAAAAUUUUCAAUCCAAAACUGCAAAAACUGAUUUUUUGUUUAUUUUUGCAAAUCGCAAUUUCUGUUAUAUAUCUCGUGGGUAGUGAAAUAUUGAAAAUUUGUUUUUAUUUUUUUACUUUUUUCAGUGUUUGAAGUGAAACAUUUAGUAGUGUGGUUUUAUAGUUAACUUGAUUCCUACUGUAUUUACUGUAUAUUCUUUGGACAUUACAUAAUUAACUUAUAUAAAACAAUUAUAAAAAUAAUUAUAGAGCUAGGGGGGCUUUGAACAAAAAGCCUGAAAGGGUUUCAUGAAGGCUCUUAGCCUGUCAUAUUGUAUACAUUGAAGAUUGUAAAUAUUAACUUUUCCAUAUGGGCAAAUGAAUUAAAUAAAAAAAAAUGUAGUGAAGUAUUAAAUGAGCAUGUAUAUAUCCCCCCCUGUCCUGUCUGGAAAGUUUGUAUGUUACAUGUGUGACAAGACUGUUUUUAUGUCAGGUGGCAUAUAGGACAAAGAUUUCUGGGAACUUAACAAAAGACUUUUAUUGUAUUAGGUCAUUCCAGAAAACAUCCAUACCACUCCCACAGAGGAAAUAGGAAGUUAACCCCCCUCGGAUGUCCUAAUACAUUUACUAUUAUCACAAACAAUUUUGUCUCCCUCCCCCUCCGGACGGCAGAAAUUUCCUCCGUGGGGGGAGUGUGGAUCUUUUCUGAAAUGACCCAUUUUAGUCUGUUAGACUAGCAUAUACUAAGAUAUCAAAAUUUUGACUGCCGUGUAUAUUCGGCAUAUAAACAACAAACUUUCCAUGAGGGGUCCCCUGUAUUUGGUUCAUAUUUGUUUGAAAAGCAAAGUUUGUUUAAAUAUUCAACAAUAAUAACUUUAUCUUGAUCCUUACCCCGGUGUCCCACUCCCCAGGUUUGCUAGGGUGCAAUCCACACAUUAGGCUCACCCCUCCUGCCAUCCCAAUUUCCUAUCCAUACGACUACUGGCCCACACGUCACAUCUUGUUUGGCAUACCAUUGGCAGUAAUUAGGAACAGUAACUUACAAAGGGAUGUAGUAGUACAGUACUAUUGGGUCAUUCCAGAAAACAUCCAUACCACCCCCACAGAGGAAAUUGGGAAGUUAACCCCCCUACCCCCUUCGGAUGUCCUAAUACAUUUACUAUUAUCAGAAACAAUUUUGUCUCCCCUCCCCCUCCGGACGGCAGAAAUUUCAGAAAUUUUCCACCGUGGGGGAAGUGUGGAUCUUUUCUGGAACGACCCAUUGUAUAAGCUGCCAUGGUUUGAGUCUUGAGGAACUAUUUGAAAAAGGUAAACACAUUGACAGUUUGAGGGACACUUCUUUGCCUGGAGUAUAGUAAUUUGAAUGGUUCAGACAAAGGUCAUUGUGUGAAUUGUUCCAGGAAACAUCCAAUUUCCUCCAUGUGGGAGGUUACCGUCCCCCUACCCUCUUCAGAGGGAACCCCCUACCCUCUUCGGAUGUCCUAACUUUUAUGAGACACAAAUUUCCUCUGUGGGGGGAGCGUGUAGCCUGGAAUAAUCCAAAUUGUUCAAAAGGUUAAAUGAUUCAUGAAACAAUUUUAAAGUUUCAGUACUAAUCCAAACCAUAUUUAUGACAAAUGUUUACUUACUAAUUAAUUAUUAAUUAAUAAGUCUAAAAAUGCAAAAUUUUCUCUGACUUUUUCCAAUCAGGUUAAAGGGAACACAUAUGAAUUUGGAAAGCUACCAACAGAUGAACCUGAUAUUAUGCAGAGUACUUCAUUCUUUGAGUCGGAAAAUGAAGGUAGUACCUUGCCAAUAUGUAUUAAUUUUUACAGCAUUAAGAACUCAGCGUAUUCAGCUUUUCACAAGUUUAUCAAAGAUACCAGAGCAUUGUUUUUAAAAUUAGAAUUGAAUUAAAGUUUCUAUCCAUGAUUCCAACUAGCUUCUAUAUUCUAUUCUAAUUUUGCCAUUUUAUUGUAUUUCAUUUUAAUCUAUUCUAGUCUAUUCCAUUGUAGUUGUUAAGCUUUACAGUUUUCAUUUAACAUACUAUAUUUCAUGCAUUGCUUAUCUAUUAUAUUCUGUUUGGUUCAGUUGUUUGUCCUUCUUUUCUAUUCCACUCUUCUAUUCUACUCUUCUCCUUUCCAUUUAUUCCAUUUCAUCUCACUCGUAUGUAUUCCAUUCUAUUUUGCAUUCUACUUUAUUCUAUUUUAUUUUGUCUAUUGUAUUCUAUUCUGGUCUAGUCUACUAUGCCAUUUUUCUAUUUCAUUCCAUUCCAUUAAUUGUAGUCUAGCCUAACCAUGACUUAUCUUCGAUAGUAUUCACCGACUUUGCAACAAGCGAGGAAGAAUCAAGUGAGGGUUCGUUCGACCUGGACAGUUGUUCUUAUUGCAGCAGAACAUGUACAGCCAUGGCUCGAAGAUUUGACUCAAGGAAGUUCUGUUCAAACUCAUGUGCCAGACUGUUUGGUAUACCUGUGCCAAAGAGAGGGAGCUACUCUGGUGGUGGAAUUGGUGGCCGGGGGAGGGGAGGGUGGAAACAUUACCUCAACAGAAAAGCUAAUGUCACCCCACCCAGAAAAAUGUCUAGAGUAAGUUGGAAGCUCAUUUCAGAUAAAGAAUUGGUAAAACAUUCACUAUGCCUAUCACAAUGUUGUCUGACAUCAAAUUUUCAGUGAAAGACGUUUGAAUUAAAAAUAUGUUUUGGAAGACGAUUUAGACUUCCACGUAUGAGACUUAUGAUAGUGCCAACAAGCCUUUAUUUGCAACACUCUUGCACCAUUUACCACUUUCUCUAUUUAAAGUACCACUAACCCCAUAUAUGAUUUUGGUAUGUGCAAUAACUGCUUUCGAUCAAUCUGAGGAGAAAUGUAAUAUAUAGUAAUUUAGGUCGCAUCUUGAUCAACUUUUUUACUGUCGUAAUGACCAGGCAUGAUGUCAUAGACACAUUUUAGCACCAAAAAACAAAGGAAAACUAACUCACAAUUCAUCUAAUAACAUCAUAUCCGGAAACUUUGAUAAUGAAACAGUUUAUAAAGAUUACGUUUUUACCAUAGAGGUAUAUUACAGUACAUUUCAUAUAAAAGAAUUACCCAAAUAUUAUACAAAUACCAAAAACCAUAUUUGGGGGGGUUAGUGGCACUUUAAGUAGUUGCACGGUACCGGAUUCACUUGGCACGAUAUGAACAUAUGCCGCUCAGGAAUAAUGUCCUCUGAUAAAGUCACCCCUUCUCUCUCUCUCUCUCUUGACAACGACACGUGGUCCUCAAACGGUCAAAUUCGAUGUUGCGACAAGCGAAUCCGGUGUCGUCUAACUGGCCCCUAAAGGCAGGCUUUCCACUUAUACAGAGAAAUAUUUCAUCAUCGAAAUAUUUCAUUUGAUUUCUUCUGAAUUCUGACCAUCCGAAUAAAUCAGUUGACAAAAAAGUUGAGCGAGUAGAAAUCCUUCAGGUCUUGAAGGAAUUUCUUGCAAGUAGAAAGCCAGCCUAAUCUUUGAUAACAUUUGCGUAAUCUCGCGUAAUCAAAGUUAAUAAAAUUGGGGAUUUGUUAAAAGUUUUCGGAGGAUUUUUGGAGGAGAUUUACAUUGUAUAUAAUGUAUCUCUUCAAUCUUCCUACAGUGUAUCCUAUUUUCAUGAACGUCUCCCUAUAAAUCAAUGUGUUGUGAAGUAAUCUUUUUGUAGAUAGAUAACAUAAAAACAGUUGUUUUUUAAUGUUGGAAAAUUUUAUGAAAAAACAAAACGAAAUGCUUGAUCGCUGAGACAAGCCUUAAGAAUUAUUUUAGUAUUUUUAGUAUUUUCUCAGUCGCCACGAGGGCUUAUACCAUUAGCAAAUAUCUAGUCGAUCGCCAGAUGAAAAAGUAGGUUGCAAUUGGCGAUCUAGCACCCGUUCGUUUCAACCCAAAAGUAACCAUGGAGGCUUAUAAAAAAUUGGGCUUCCUCUUUGUAUAUAAAUAAUGCAGUCAGGCUAAAUAGAGUUAAAAUUAUAGUAAGAUUUAUGUUACUUACAAUAUAAUAUACACUUUAAAUCUAACGUGAAUGCAUUUGGUCGGAGUGAAAGAUCGUUAAGAUCCUAUACUGAAAACUUUUCUUUUUGGCAUGUUUAAUGUUGCAACAUUUAUCAUGUCUGUUAUAGUCGUAUCUCAACCAAUCAUAUGAAGUUUCCACACAAGUGGACGAAACCACUUUGAGAGGUAAAAUAUACUAAACUAUGCCGGUAUUAGCAAAACAUAUUUUGAUCACAUUUUUUUGAAAAUUAAAUUUGGAUUUUAUUCAAUGUUGUAGAAGCAUUUGAUGGCAGGAGUGACAAUGAAUUAGACUACUUAUGGCAGUUCGAAUAUGUACCCGCGGCAAAAUGGAAUGCGAAACAAGUGGCAGCAUUUGUAAGGUACUGUAAAUAAGCGUCGCAAUGGAAAAGUUCUCGUGUCGUGAAGGCAUACAGCGAUGUGUAUUUGUUGGCACCAACGUAAUUAUUUUAAGUCGAGUAAACUGUUCAGAGAACUGAUGAGAUCAAUAAUUGCAUGUACAAUUAGUUUAGUUCCUUCCUGCAGUAAGUAGUAUAACAUUGGAUCAAUUAGAAACGACUCUCAUUGUACUUCUAGAGAACUGAUGGAGCUAUCCAGUGUAAAAAAGGUUAGCAUAGUUUACUUUACGUUGUAAGUGUGAUUUUUAUUUGCAGAGAUGUAAGUGGGUGCAGUGAAUAUGCAGAAAGCUUUAUCACUCAAGAGAUCGAUGGUUAUGCCUUGAUGUUAGUCAAAGAAGAGCACUUAGUUGUGGGAUUACAAAUGAAAUUAGGUCCUGCCUUAAAACUAGUUGGUCGAGUCAAUCAAAUGAAAGCUGACGCAUUACAGAAAAUGAACUUUAAUAGCGGGUUUAGAACGGGAUAGAGAACAGAAAACACGUGUUGUAUAUAGAAAAAAAAACAACAAAACAGGCUCAUUUUACAACAUUUCUGAAACUAACAAAGUAUUUAAAUUUAUAAACCUUCACUCCCUUUAAAAACUCUUUCAUCAUACAUGUUCUAAACAUAUUUUGCUUGCAAUGCCGAUUGACGUCUUCAUGCAUGAUAUAACGUUGCCGUAUUAAAACUGUGAUGCAUUAUUGAACUAAUGGCCUAUAUGAUACAUAAUUAGGUUAAAUAAUAUAUUUGGUGCAAAUAGCAGAUAUUUUUUUCAAAAUAGCAAAUAACAGAACAGAACAUAACGAACGGAAUUUAUAAGUUUAAAUCUCUUCAGGGAUAGCCGUUAAAAAUGAAGUGUUAAAAGUGUUAGUGGUGUAACGUAACGAUUUUUACCACUUGCGAUUAGGGCAUGUUGGACAUGAAAAUUGGCGAUCAGGUCUAGUUUUGCCCUCGCAUAUUAACACAAUUUGAAGAAAUGAUUACAGUGUGGAUUGAUCAAUCAACAUUCUAAUCUUAAGUUUUCCUUAAAGUCAUUUGAAGACUACAUCAUACAUGAAGUGUUGAUUUCAGCUGAUUUACUAAUAAAGAAUGAAAAACAGAAAUCAGAAUGCAUAACUUAAACAAGCAAACAAUUUUGUGUAGUAAUUAAUUUUUGGCAAAACAACUUGCCCGGCAACGAAGAAGCAACUUCUACUUGUCCCAGGCAAGCGCUAUAUAAGUUAGUGUUACUUCAUGUAUACUCAUGAAGUUAAUUUAUAAUCAAGAAUAUGUCCGUACAAGAAAAUGGCGUGGUGUCUCCAAUUGACAAAAUAGAAAACAAUUUUUCACCUUGGUUAGACCACAAUGUUUCACGAUUGAAGAUGGUACCGUUAUAGGUAAAGACGUCAAUUGAGAACGUUUGCGUAACCUGAAGAAAGGUUUUUGCCGUUGCCCAUAAAUAACUUGGGCAUAGUUUGCGAUAAACUAAACAAGGACAUAUGGAAGCCUGAGGUCGGCCAGAAGUCAUAUGCCAAAAGCCCAGAUUAACUUGGGUAUAGUUAUACACUCAAGUACAAUGACUUAUGAAAGCCUAUAUAGAACUACUAUUAACAAAACACGUAGUAGUAGUUAUUAAUUAUAUGUUCUAAAUUAUUCAAAUUUUAGUUUUAUAUUGUGUUAGAAUGUAUAUAUCUUGGAAGCCAUUUAUAUUGGGUACUGUAAAUUUAAAAUCUCUUUAAAUAAAUAACUGUAUAUAAACUGAAGUAUUGUGUUGUGGAAAGUAAGAAAACAUUUUUGGUUUACCUGCAAGGCCUUGAAAAUCUUAUUCCUUAAUAAAAAGCACACAAAAACUAAACAUGACAGACACUGAUUUCACUGUCAAAAAGAGCAUACUAUGUAUUUACAGCAUUCCUAAACAACCACGAUAAUUUCUUAUCGUUCUAAAUCCAAUGUCAAUUAAUGACACUUCAUGGUUUUUAGUUUCCGACUUUUAGUAAUCAUCGUAGAUUUCCAAAUUGAUGUUUUUUCGGUUCUCUGCAAUGUUCACGCCCAAAGCAUCAUAACUUUCUCCCGACACGCCUUUCGUGAAAACGUACACUGGCCUUUGAAAUCCUAUAAAAG